UGUUCACACUUGAAGAAAGGAGAUCUAAAAUAUAUAUUCCUUGACAUUGUUACAAAUUUUAAUCUCCUUUGCUCUAAGGAGAUUUGAGUUUCUUUCUAUUUACUUGCGGGCCUUUAACGUUCUUUACUGUUCUUUCUCGUGGAUCUAACAAAACUGAGGUCAUGCCGAUCAAAAUGAAGUGUCCUGCCUUUUUCACGUUUUAUUUUAAGAAAAUCGGAAAAAGCAAACAGAGCAUUCCGAAUGAAUUUAUAACUCAGUUGGAUGAACCGUUGCCGAAGGCAGUAUGUCUACUUGGUCACUACAACAUGCCAUGGAUUGCAUCUGUGCAAAACGAUGAGAAUAAGUGGUGUUUGGUGAAAGGAUGGAGUAAAUUUGUGAAGGACAUGAAGAUUGAGGAGGGAGACUUUUUGUUGUUUGAAUAUUUUAUUAGAGGGUUUUUCGAUGUGAAGGUAUUCGACCCUUCUGGGAUGGAAAAGGUUAUAGAAAAAAAUUCAUGGGAGACUACUAAUAAGGACAAUAAGACUGCUGAUGAAUGUGACUAUAAAAUAAAAGUAAGAAAUUCUAACAAUAUUGAUGAAGAAGUGGAUCAUUACGCAAAAUGGGAUCAUUAUUUUUAUGAUGAAGAUGAGGCAACAAGAGUUCACGAGCAAACCAAGAAGGAUGUUUGUGUGCCGGAAGAUAAUCUUCAACUGACUGAAGAAGGUCAGGAAGUCAAUGAAGGGGCCGAGGGACAUGUCCCCAAAGAUAGUGUUGAAAUGAUCGAAGAAGAUAAUGAAGACGAUGAAGAAGCCAAUGAAAUCGAUCAAGAAAGCGAUGAAUAUGAGCCUAGCGACGAUGUUGAAGUGUCUGAUGAAUCUCUGCCUGUUGAUAGUGUUGAAAGGACCGAAGAAAUUCAAGAAGCAAUUGAAGAUACUAAUGUUCAAAACAUGGAUGAGACUUUAGAAAGAACAGUAAGAACAAGAGAUCAGCAAGAUUCACAAAGAAGAUCGACGGACCUGCUUUCGCUGCGCUACGGAAUAGAUAUUUUCAGGGCUGGUCUAGCUCCAAAACCUCAAAACCCUUACUUUGUCACGGGACUAAUGGAUAAACGAAAGGGCAAUUUGUUUGUUCCCAAAGAUGUAGUGAAAGAUAACGAUGAUAUAGAUUUUUCGAAAAAGGCGUAUUUCAUAGAUCCAACGGGAAAGAGAUUUGUGGCAAAAUGUAAAAAAUGGAAGGAUGGAAGGGUCGCAAUAUCAGGAGGAUGGAGAAAACUAUGCAACUUGAAUUUUAUAGAGAAAGGUGAUAGAUGCAUUUGCGAGCUCGUGGAGGGAGAAGACGAGCUAGUCAUCCAUGUUACUGUUGUUCGUGGCAAUGAUAUUCGAGGAUAAGUUGGAGAUGUUAUCUAGGAGGAUGCAAAAUUAUUUUCGAUUAACAACUAUGAUGCAUAAGUUUUAUAUUGUUUAGACAUCAAGAACUCUUUUAAAAUUAUUGCAACUUUCUAUCUAUAUUAUGACAGACUUGCUUUAUUUUGUUCAUGGAAAAUCGGGAUUAUAUCUCAUACAUUACCCUUUCUAUAUUA